UUUGUUGCUUAAAGCUUUGCUCCCCCACUACCUCCCUUAUCUUUUCUCUCUCUCUCUCUUUCUCUCUCUCUCACCUCCAAUCUAGAGAGAUAAAACAAACAACCCACCUGCCUCCAGCUCCCAUAUGAAUGGAAUUACACCAAUCUAUACUUCUUGGAGAGAGAAAGAAACAGAGAGAAAGAGACCCACAAAUCAUCAAAUUGAGGGUCAAUCUACAGAUGUACUAGCUACAAAAAAAUAUAUAUAAUCAUUUUCAUGUAUUCAUACAUAUGAUCAUGGAAGCACAAAAUGGUAUGCGCUGGCCAAAUUUCCCAUUUCAAUUACUAGAGAAAAAAGAAGAAGAAGAAGAAAAACAAUCAAUUUCCGCCGCCGAAAGUGGGGGCGAAACCACCACAAGCCGCCAGCAAGUGGUGGCGGAUCCGACACCGCCACCCAAGAAGCCGCCACCGAAGAGGGCAUCGACGAAGGACCGACACACCAAAGUGGACGGCCGGGGCCGCAGGAUCCGAAUGCCGGCGACUUGCGCCGCUAGGGUUUUCCAGCUGACAAGAGAGCUCGGCCACAAGUCCGAUGGAGAGACCAUCGAGUGGCUGCUCCAACAGGCGGAGCCGGCAGUGAUUGCCGCCACUGGAACGGGAACAAUUCCGGCCAAUUACAGUUCUCUUAAUAUAUCUCUCCGGAGUUCUGGGUCUAGUAUGUCAGCUUCUUCCCAUUUUAGAACGAGUUUGUUCGAUCCGAAUCUCUCCACGGCAUCAUUGCGGCCGCAGAGCAAUUGGGAACGGAGUGUGGAAGAGUCACAGCGCAGGAUUUUUUUCUCUGGCGCUGGAAUCUCCCCGACAGCAGAGAAUUCAUCGAAUUCAUCGACAUUGCUGAAUUUUCAUACUAGUACUUUGAAUUCCAUGUUACAAGCCAAGCAACUAGAGUUGCACGAGACAAAAAGGCCGCCACUGGAGCAAGAUCAUCCGGGGAGCUACAUGUUGCAUUCGAGUUCUGGUACAAUUCCGGGGAGCUAUGGGGCGGUGUCGCCACCGGGGUCAAUGUGGAUGAUGAGCAAUUCUAGUAACCAAUUGCUUAACGGGGUUGGUGGUGGUGGUGGUGAACCGAUAUGGGCAUUGCCUUCUUCUAUGAGUGCUAGCGGGCUACAUUUUAUGAAUUUUGCUGCCCCAAUGGCUCUCUUGCCUGGCCAACAAUCGAGUCUGGGCGGUGGUGGUAGUGGUGGCGGCGGCAGUGGGACGGUGGUGGCAGACAGGCAUUUGGGGUUGCUGGCAGCGAUCAAUGGGUUUAGGCCAGUUGUGGCGGCAGGUGGUUCUGACUCUCAGGUAAGUGGGUUGAAUUUGCAUCAUGGAGGAGAUGAUCGGCAUGAUACAAACAGUCAUCACUCUUAGAUCAAUUAGAAGUGUAUGGGUUUAGCGUUGGCCAUGCAGUAAACUUUGGCGUUAAGAUUUAAGGUCUUGACUUCGAAUUAUCUAAAAAAAUAAUUGGGGGUUAGGAUUGUGCCCAAGCUGGUUCAAACACCUAAUUAUUAUAAAAAAAAAUAAAAAUGUAUGGAUUGAUGAUGUUAUUUUGUUUACAUCUAUUUGUACAUGUAUGGGCUUGGAAGUUGCAACAAGAAGCUCCAAUCUUAUUGCCUCGCAUUUGAGUAAUUUUGGGUUUUGAAUAUAUGCCAUUUUGGUGUGAGAAUUUUAGGGUUU